CGAGAUAUACUGCUUAAUAAGUAGUUUUCUCUCUAUGUUUGAUUGGCAAUCUGACUUUCUUAUAGCAUUUUGAUGGUGAACAUAGGAAUGACUGACUUUAAGAGCUAGCACUGGGAUACAACUGGUAUUCUGAGGCAAUAAAUGUCAAAUAUUUAACAAAAGUUAGACUGGAUUCAUUAGAGAAAUAUUUAAUGAAAAUAUUCUACGAUAGUUUUUUCUAAACUUUGACAAGGAGAACUACAUGUAAUACUAAGUACAUCAAUAUGAUUUGAAUGCGACAAGGUUUGGCUCAUAUGUUUUGAGGAACGGAUACGAAAUUACGAAUAUAUUACUGUAAGCAGUUCCACAUUUUCAUGACAAAAGGUAUCCUAUCAAGUAUGAAACUAUUGUUUUAUCUAUACGCUUUGUCAGUGACAUGCAAAAUGCAGGACAUGAUAGCUGAAAUGAACGUUUCGUGGACAACAGAUUCUUAUGUUGUACGUCAAACUCAAGAAAAAAGGUGUGAUUUUGCAAAUGGAACUGGCAGCUAUGCGUUAGGACUAGAAAGAAAUACAUCGGGUCAUGGUAAUAACAUAUAUAACAAUGAGAUCUUAGUAGUUAAUGUAUCAAGCUGUGGAUAUGGGACAGUGCAAAAACAUAUCUGUAAUUUGUGCUCCUUACCAAGAAAUGUGUCUAUAGACAUGUCCUGGAACAAUAUAUCGAUGCUAGAUGACAAACAAUGUAACUGUCCUGUCAUAAAGGAAAUGGAUUUCUCAAAUAAUGAGCUAACAGUGCUAAGAGCCAAUACAUUUGUUUUCAUCCAAUACGUGGAACGAAUUAAUAUGUCCGGAAAUCAUAUUUAUCAAAUACAACAACGUGUUUUCAAUAAACUGAGACUGUUAGAAGUGCUUGAUUUAUCAAAUAAUGCUCUAAGGAGGAUACACUUAGAUACAUUUGAUAACAUAAGCUAUCUACGUAUAUUGAAUCUAUCGGCAAACAAAAUACACAGCUUACGGCCUGGGACAUUUUCAGCGCUUAGAAACUUAGAAGAGUUGGACUUGUCAAAUAACGAUAUUUAUUCGCUAAACAGUGGAGUUUUUAAGGGUCUUGAAAAUCUACGACUUUUAAAUCUCGCUUUCAAUAAGCUGACAAAUCCAAAAUUAAUCUUUUUGUUUCCCUGUGUCAAUUUAUCUUUAUUUGACCUGAGCGGAAACAAUUUUGUCAGUUUUGGAGAAGGAUCUCUAAAUGUCUUUCACAUAUACGAACUGUUUUUAAAUAAUUUACCAAGAUUAAGAUAUAUAACGAAUGGCGCUUUUCGCAACGGCGGUCGCCUUACAAAAGUUGACCUGAGCAGGAACAAAAACCUUAUUUUUAUUGAAGAAUAUGCCUUUCAAAAUAUGCAAGAUUAUAUCACAUAUGAUAUUAGCUUCACCUUGUUAAAAUCAUUUCCAAAGGUAUCAAAUAAUAUGAAAAUAAAAGCAACAGAGACUCCUCUGAGAUGCGAAUGUACCCCAGUAGCAGAUACAUGUUCUCGUAAUGAUUCGUCAAAAGAUGGUAGACAAACUACACACGUUUGUGGGCCAAGCAUUGUUUCACAGAUAGCGGACAACUAUUUUGUAUACGUUGGCCAGCGUCUUGAAAUAGAUUGCUUUGCAGUUGGAGAGCCUAAACCACGUGUGACAUGGGAAAGAAUAUAUUCUUAUCCGAAUGGAACGUUAAGUAGUAUAGACCAACUAGCCGCAAGAUAUUUCUUAAAUCUAUACAUUUUAUCGUUAAAUUUCGAAGGCAAAUACCGAUGUGUUGCAAUGUCAAACAGUAUAAUAGUCCAUAAGAAUUUUAAUAUAUACGUAAAACAAAUAGAUAUAGGUAUAAAAGUAUUGUCACGUAGCUCUCACUCAAUACUUGUUGCUUGGAACAAGACACAACAUGCACAACGUCACGUCCUUUUACAUCGUGCAUUUGAAACAACUUCUGAUUAUAUUAUUGAGAAUUUGAAUGAAUACUGGAAAGUAUUUAUAGUAAGGUAUUUGCAGCCAUUCACAGAAUAUGAAAUAUGUAUAGCCUCGUUUUCAGACAUAAAUGAUAAAUCGUGUGUCAGAGUGAUGACUUUAAAUCAACAAAAGCAAUCAGGAUCAGGUGGAAUUCGUCAUAAUAACCUCGCAAUAACAUUUCUUGCUUUAUCUGGAGUCGUGUUUGGUGUUUUCAUUUUGGCAACUAUGUAUAGGUGUCUACAAAAAAUCCGUAUCAUUUCAAGACAAAAUAUUUUCAUUGUUGCUUCAGAAUCACGCGAAUGUUUUGCUAACGUAACGGAAUCUACAUUUACGUAUGAAAAUCACAAUACAGAACUUUUGGUUGAUACAGCGUAA